UUUCCGGCUAAAGUAUUCGGACGCGUUUUCCGGUUUGGAUUAACUGAAACCCCCAGUUUUUAAGGUCGGUUUAUGACCGCCAUUUCCCCACAGUGCGGCUGGCCAAUUGUUGGUGGUGAAGCAACAUCUGCGUUCCACUAGUUUCCGUCCGACGGGUAUCACCUGUUACCGCACCUACCGAAGGGCCUCGAGGGCAUGAAGAUUUACGUACCGCCCAGCGUGUUUGUGUGCCAGUGUGAAAAUUGUGUGAUCGGAACCGCCGAUAAGCCCCGUGGGCUCGGGCUCUUCGUCGUACAACUAUAAUUAAAACCAGUUGCGAGAGCCCGCCGACGACGUCGUCCGGCCCGGGUGCAUGUGUGUGGUCGCUGCGUGUGUGUCCGGAACAUUGUGAACGUCAAAUUGUAUGCUCUUAUCUCAACAAUUACCACCGCCCCACACGGACCGGUGUCCGCUUGACAAAUACCAGGGCAAAUAGUGCUGUCGGCGGAACUCUGCCCGUGUGCACAUCGAUCGGAUCUCCUUCGGUGGUGGCCACAAUUCGGCGGCCGGUUCGAGUAUCCGAAAGUAGUAGAAGACCGACGACGAGAGCUCAGCCAGAACCCACUGAUCCACGAGACCGCCGUCAGGAUGCCCGAGUUUUACAAAACCGAAAUCAACAAAACGGAAUGGGAGGUGCCGUCCAAGUACCAGAUGCUAACGCCCGUCGGUAGCGGUGCGUACGGCCAGGUUUGCUCGGCCAUGGACACGGAGCACAACGUGAAGGUGGCCAUCAAGAAACUGGCCCGCCCGUUCCAGUCGGCGGUCCACGCCAAGCGAACCUACCGCGAGCUGCGUAUGCUGAAGCACAUGAACCACGAAAACAUCAUCGGGCUGCUGGAUGUGUUCCAUCCCGGCGGCAACACGCUCGAGUCCUUCCAGCAGGUUUACCUGGUCACACACCUGAUGGGGGCCGACCUAAACAACAUCAUCCGCACCCAGCGCCUCUCGGACGAGCACGUCCAGUUCCUCGUCUACCAGAUACUGCGCGGCCUGAAGUACAUCCACAGUGCCGGUAUCAUACACAGGGACUUGAAACCGUCCAACAUUGCCGUCAACGAGGACUGCGAGCUGAAGAUACUGGACUUUGGGCUGGCGCGCCCCACCGAGAACGAAAUGACCGGCUACGUUGCGACCCGCUGGUACCGGGCACCGGAAAUUAUGCUCAACUGGAUGCACUACAACCAGACGGUGGACAUCUGGUCGGUCGGCUGCAUCAUGGCGGAGCUGCUGACCAGCCGGACUCUGUUCCCCGGCACGGACCAUAUUGACCACCUAACCCGCGUUAUGUUUUUCUGCGGUACACCCAACGAUGAGCUAAUGCAAAAGAUCACGAGUGAAGAGGCCCGCCAUUACAUUCGUUCGCUACCGCGUACAGAGAAGCGCAACUUCACUGAUGUGUUCCGCGGAGCGAAUUCUCUUGCCAUCGAUUUGCUGGAGAAAAUGUUGGAGCUCGAUGCCGACAAACGGAUAACGGCCGAACAAGCGUUGGCCCAUCAGUAUCUAGAAAAGUACGCGGACCCAUCGGAUGAGCCGACAUCGUCGCUGUACGAUCAAAGCUUCGAAGAUAUGGACCUCCCCGUCGAACGGUGGAAGGAACUUGUCUUCGAGGAGGUGCUGAACUUUGUGCCUCAGCAGCACGCGCACAUCGGUGGCGACGCACAGCCGUAAGACGCUUGCGGAAGUUGAAGAUGCACAUCCGUCCAUCGACAGCAGACGACAUGUUUCCCAGUACGCAAACAAACGACACAAACACGCGUGCCUCCCUACGAAGGACAUCCAGCGAUUUCAUUGAUAAGUUAUUGUGCUAGUGUGUUCAAAUGUAAUUAAAUAAUAAAGCGAAACAUUGCUUUGGUCGAGAAAAAGAGAUAGAGAGAAAAAAGGAAAGUGCCUCAUAAGAUUGAGGCUCUUGGAAAGAUUAGGGUGAUUGAGCUAAACGUUAAAACAGGUAACUUUUACAAAUUCCUUAAUAAUUGUACUAAGUUGUCAAAGCAUAACUAGGGCAGGCAAAUGAAUAAAGGUAUUACUCGCUAUGGCUGAAAGAGCGGAGAAAAGUUGCCUCAACCGGCAACCGGAAACAAUCAAACAAUGACGAGAGGCGCUUGGUGCACCAGCAGGAUAAUAAACUAAUCAAUAUUGAAAACAAAGGCACUCCUCCAUGUAUAUUCAAAAUGGCCUUCUGCUGGUGGGGCCCUUUUCAUUGGUGUAUUGAAAUGGGGGUUUGGGGCAGCAAACGCAGGAAGGUUUCCUUCCUAAAGUGUACUUGCAAAUAAACAUAACACAAUUUGAUACGAAUAAACCAACAAACAACGCUAGAUUGUAAUGGAAACCAUGUUCUAAUAGUAUUGUUGAAAAUAAACCGUUACGCCGAUUUG